AUGUCGAGCGGCAGUCGUCGUUGGCAACACCAAAACGUGCUGAAACGACCACAGGCAGCGGACACAGCCGACGACCACAGAGAAGUUGAAGAAUCCAGUGAUGAUCGUACCCAAGCCAAUGCAGAGCUGAGCAUAUACGUAGUGGUGUCGCCGCCAAUGCUGCCACGCAAAACUACAUUGAACGUGACCACGCACUUCGCAAAAGUCACAGACCGCUCCAGUGUCGACAGCAGAAUGAACAGAAAUGCACUAGGAUAG